AGAUCAACGUCCGAUUUGUCUACCCAUUCUUUCUCUUUAAUGCCAACCACACUUGAACGCCGUUAGGAACGUCACUUCCUGUUCCAUAUUAUCUUUUAGUACCCGACUAUGACUUCUGCUGGUCUCUUAUCAGGACGGCUCGCCCUUGUCACAGGAGCUGCCAGUGGUAUAGGUCGCAGUGUAUGCGAGGUGUUUGCCCGUGAAGGAGCCAGGGUGGCGGCGGUUGAUGUCCAAGCGCCAGGAUUACAAGAAACACUGAAGCUCUUGAAGUCGGCAACUCCAGGGAACCACUAUGCUUUCCCAACUGAUAUCUCACUGCCCCAGUCUGUAGCAGAGAUGAUGGAUCAGGUGUCCAAGCAGUUCCAGGAUGUUCCGACAGUAGCUGUGAACUGUGCUGGCAUCACCCGUGACAAUCUGCUGAUACGCAGCACCGAUGAGGAUUUUGAUAAAGUUAUUGAUGUCAAUUUAAAGGGUACCUACCUGGUGAUGAAGGCUGUGGCACAGAUGAUGAUGACCAAGCAUGUUGAGUGUGGCUCCAUCGUCAAUAUUGCAAGCAUUGUUGGGCAGUAUGGGAACAUUGGACAAUGCAACUACUCAGCAUCAAAAGCUGGAGUUGAAGGAUUAAGUAAAUCCGCUGCAAAAGAACUUUCCAGGUUCAAUAUCCGUGUUAACUCCGUCCUCCCGGGAUUUAUUGCUACUCCCAUGACCGAGAAAGUUCCAGAGAAAAUUUUACAGCAAGUAACCAAGUUAAUUCCAAUGCAACGACUUGGAACUCCUGAAGACAUUGCAGAAGUGUGUUUGUUUUUGGCUUCAAAACGCAGUGGAUAUGUAAAUGGUGCUUCUAUAGAAGUGUCAGGUGGCCUCAGAAUGUAAACUAAGGUGAUUCCUGAUGUUUACUUGCAAAUAAUUGAUUGCUGUGACUGACACAUGAAGACAUAAUUAAGCUAUUACCAACCAACUUCAAUCAAAGAUGGAAAUAUAUCGUUUAUUUUUUAAAUUGAUUUUACUUGUGUAUUUACUUCUAAUUAAUUUUUUUAAAUAAAU